AUGGCCGCCAUCUUCGACGUCACCCCCUCCGUUUCCCCUCUCGUCCCGCGAGCUGUGCAAGGUAUCAUUCAUUUUCAACUUGUCACGCAGUUCACGAUCUUUGAGAAACCUUCAGAUUCAACGUCGACUUCGGAAACGGAGCUCUGGGAAGUGAUUCUAGUGGCGUCGUGCCCGAUCAUCUUCAUCAUAUUCUUAUGUGUCUGCGUCAUUUGCCUCGUUGUACGGAGCUACGAGCGAAGAGCCAACUUCUGUGGUAAGUCUUUCUUAUUUGAGAAAUAGGUUAUAAUAGAGAAGAAGCUGGAAAGAAACGGCUCCAAUAAAAAUAUUGAAAAGAAAAGAAAAAGUUUAAAUUUGAUUACAGGGCUUCCCGUGACGCACCGAGUGCAGGCCGCUUCACAAAUAUCCUCCAUUCUUCGACAGCUUCCUCCACCACCAAAAUAUGAAAUCGGUAUGUUUUCCAUGGUUUUUUUCCCGCUCAUUAUCUGGUUUUGCAAAACCAAAUUUAGACUUCAGCAACAUCUUUUAGAAAAAAUUACCAACUAAAAACCUCUCGGUCCCCUGUAAAUAGUUACAUCUUAACCAAGCCUGUUCCCAACAUAUCAAUUUCAAAGAAAAUAUUAUUGAAACUUGUAGUUUCUCUCUGAUUAUGAAUUAGUUUCAUAGGUUGAAGAGAUCUUUGCUAGAAGAUUUCGAUUUUUAAAAAAAUCAACUAAGAAAAAAAUAGCCAUAAACGUCGAUUUUUUUGAUAACAGAUUCCAAUAGUGGGUUCAGGGGGGAUCCCCAAACUAUUAUCUAUGAUUUCGCGAUAACGGAGUCAACGUCUUUUGAACAAGAUCAAAAAACGACCACUGGAAAAACUGAUAAAAACGGUCCAACAGGGCAAUAAAAUAUGAAUUCCCUAAGAUAUUCUACAUAGUUUCAAACUUUGUACUUAGAUCCUUUGGAACAAAAACGAAAGAAAAGCUCCUAAAAAAAAUUGAACUAUCUUUACCUUCUUGACAAAACUAAAAUUAACUUGGUGGUGAAUCUCGUUAGCAAAACUUCCCUCUUGAAAAACCAAAUGAAAAAAAAAGAGUUUUGUUAGACAAAAAAAGGGUUCCAGCAGUGACGUCGGUGGAUGCCCCUCCACCAACGUAUGCUGACAUCGGAAAAGACCUGCUGGUGACUCCUCUGAGGACGACUCCAUCGAACUGUCGCCCUGCCGCACACCGCCGUCCAUUUCAGAACACUAACCAGACUUCUUCGUCAUCAACUGUUCAGCCUCUCGGCAUCCAGUACCUCUAUCCCCCAAAAUACGAGGUUUUUGCUAGUUCUGAACUGCAUUUUAACAAAAAAUUAACACCUCUAAUUACAGGUAAAACAGUCGGAGCCUAAAACUACAGAAACUACGAUACAAACCACUACUUCUACACAAGCGCGUGUUCAAAGCGUAGUUGUCGAGAUCAAUUCUUAA